AUGGAGGAAAGAAUCCAGGCCCAAUUGAAGACUCUGAGGGAUGAGAGAGAAAAGCUGCUGGGAUUGAAAGUGACUGGAGAGGGGAAAAGCCAGGAGUAUCUGAAACAAACACAAACUGAGAGGCAGAAGAUUCUGUCUGAAUUUCAGCAACUGCGGCAAUUCCUGAAGGAACAAGAGCGACUCCUGCUGGCCCAGCUGGAGAAGCUGGAUGAGGAGAUUGUGACGAUCCAGAAUGAAAAUGUCAGUAAACUCUCUGAGCAGAUUUCCCAUCUCAGUGAGCUGAUCAGUGAGCUGGAGGGGAAGUGUCAGAAGCCAGUGAGUGAAUUCCUGCAGGAUGUCAGAAGCACCUUGAGCAGGUGUGAGAAGGGGAAGUUGCAGCAGCCAGAGGAGAUUUCUCCUGAACUGGAAGAGCAAGUCAGUGAUUUCUCCCAGAAAACUAUUGCGCUACUGGAGGCUCUGAGGAAGUUCAAAGACACUCUGCCAUCUGCACUGGAGUGAAAAAGAGGGGCCAUCGGAGCACACAGACAGGUAGACGUGACUCUGGAUCCAGACACGGCUCAUCCCAACCUUGUCCUGUCUGAGGAUUGGAAAAGUGUGAGACAGAGAGAUAUACGGCAGCAACUGCCCAACAACCCUGAGAGAUUUGAUUCCUGGGGCUGUGUGCUGGGCUGUGAGGGAUUCACCUCAGGGAGACAUUGCUGGGAGAUGGAGAGGGGGUAUAGGGGGUACUGGGCUGUGUAUGUGGCCAGAGAGUCUGUGAGGAGGAAGGGAUGGAUCAGCCAUAGCCCUGAGGAUGGGAUUUGUGCUGUGGGGUAUGAGUUGGAUCAGUUCUGGGCUCUCACCUCCCCUGUGACCCCCCUGCCCCUGAGCCGGGUCCCCAGCAGGAUCCGGGUUUGUCUGGACUGUGACCAGGGGCAGGUGACAUUUAUCGAUGCUGGUGACAAGGCCCCGAUCUUCACUUUCCCGCUGGGCUCCGUCCCUGGGGAGAGAAUCCGACCCUGGUUCUGGGUGGGGAUGGGAUCCCGGCUCAGCCUGUGCCCCUGAGACACACAGGGGAGAGGCGGGGAAAUAGCCCUCU